CGCGCAUCGCAUGACCCGUCACCCGGGUUUAAUGAUUUUUCACGUUCCCUAGUUCCCUAAUUGUAUGUGGUUGCUGGCAAGGGACACGAGCGCCACCAGCCUCGCGCAUCCUGUAGCCCUCAGGUUUCUGUAGGUUGUGGCUAGCAGCAGGGCUUCUUCUUGUGAAUCUCAGAACUUGGUGAAAGUGCGUUGCCAGUAUCAUAGCUUGCCGGAGUUCGCUUUCAAAGGGCCUUGAGCUGUUGAUUGUAGGAUUACUUGGGCGAACAGGUCACAACGGUAGAGCGCUGUUGGAAAACCCAUCUCUUACCACAUACAAUUAUGGCGGCAACUCAGUGUGUGGCGUUGAAGUUGCAGCAAGUAGGCCUCUGUACAGCAGCACACAACAGGCAAACUACCUUGCAUCCUGUCCAGAAUGUUGUGCCCUUAAAACAUGGCUCAGCGGCCCUUUCAUCACUUGGGAGCAUCAGUCAGCGCUCAGCAUUGCCCAGCACUGCGCACAGGAGACACAGAGCGCCAGCUUCGAAAGGCGCCGCUCGAGCCGAAGGGCUGCACUUGGAAAAGCCGGCAGAUGACAUUCUUUUGCAAAUCCCCUACACUCCCUCCCGACCAGUCCUGCCGAAGGCUCAGGAAGUGGUCACUCCGCGGGCCGCUCGAAGGAAGGGCCCCCCACCGAUUGCGCCCACCAUUUGGACGCCAGGUGGUCCCAUCGACAUGAACACACUGAUGUUGCGCAACAGGAUCAUCUACAUCGGGUCCCCGAUCGACGGGCGGGUUGCUCAGAGCGUCAUCAGCAGCCUCGUCACUCUGGCCACCGUGGACGAAGAAAAAGACAUCAAGCUUUAUCUCAACACCCCGGGGGGGAGCACGUACUCUGUUCUGGCCAUCUACGAUGCGAUGACAUGGGUGAAGCCUGACAUCAGCACGGUGGCGUUCGGCCUGGCUGCCAGCCAGGGGGCACUGCUCUUGUCGGCAGGGACGAAAGGGAAGCGGUUUGCAAUGCCGAACGCCCGGAUAAUGAUCCACCAGCCUUCGGGGGGCUGCGGGGGGACUAUGGAGGACGUGCGCCGGCAGGCUAACGAGCUGCAACAAUCGCGUUCGAAACUAGACCUGAUGUUCUCCGAGUUCACCGGGCAGGACCUGAAAACAGUGCAAACAGCUACAGAGCGAGAUCGGUUCUUUUCGGCGGCCGAAGCUUGCGACUUCGGUCUCAUAGAUGAAAUUCUGGAGACGGAGUAUUAGAGCCAAUUGAGCAUGCAGACUGUUUGCGUAAUAUCUCAAUUCCCUAGCUUUCGAGGUCAUGCAUCCGGAGGUCCCUUUCUGCAGUCAGGCUGGCUCUUACGGGGUUGCGUCUUAUGUUUCAGUCAUUGCCACGCAUGCCAAUGUUGCUCAGGGCAAAAGAAGCAUGACACGAAGUUCCGUUGACGUCCUCCGAUUGUUCAAUGUUGAUGCAGAUGUAGCACGCGCAUGUCACUGCGCAUGGCACACUGUUUGAACUGAUAAUAUAAGAUCCUCGCCUUACAAUUGUUUGCUUUCUUACCCACCAACGAGUAGCUCAGUAAGAUUUUCAUCGAUCAACCGACAAACGGUUAAAGUGAUGAGGAUCCGGUUGUGGACGUUUUAUAGAAGCCAACAAUUUGGCAAACUCGUGACAAUCGUUGACAAUCAACGUUCUAUAUAAGGCUGC